AUGAGUUUCUCAGUCGACGUCCCCAAUCUGAAGAUUUGGGACAACGCCGCGUUUGACGAUGACGAUCCUGCCGGAGCAAAAGCAAGUCUUCCCCUGCAACCGAUCUCCCUUAACAUCUCAAAUUGGCCUAAUCUUGAUCCGGGCGUAGAGAAAUCAUCAAAGAAGCCUUGCAAGCAGAAUUUCGGAGAAAUUCCCAACGACGACAACGUCGAUGCCGAGAUUGAAGAACUCGAGAAAGAAAUCCGGCGGCUUUCUCUGAAACUGGAAUCUCUACGCACCAAAAAGGCCGAAAGAGAUUUAAAGAUCGCCACUGCACGGCGUGGGAGGAUCGUGCCGGCAAAGUUCAUGGAGCAAAAGCCGCUGCCGGCUUCGAAAAAGAUGGAAGGAUCUCCGGCCAGACUGCGGCGGAGAGGUUUCAGCCUUGGGCCAUUGGAGAUUCAUGGUAGCGUUGGAAAGUCAUGCUUCCAGAAACUUGAAGGUAUCAAAGAAGAAAAUACCCCACCAAAAGCUCGGCCAUUUCUAACCACGGCCAAAGAAAUCCAUGGAUGGAAGAAGGAUGCUUCGAGAUCUGGUUACAGGCGAAGAGGCGAAAGCCUUGGCCCUUCGGAGAUUGCUUUGAAUUCUCGAUCUCGUUUACCCAGUAAGCUUCAAGAACUUAAAGAAAGAAAGAAGAGGCAGAGCUUGAGUGUCAGUCCUAGAUCUCGAAAACCAUCCAUUUCAGCUAUAUCCGAUUUAAGGAAGGGGAUUGCAACAGUCAGUGCUAUGAGAGGAGUCAAAAGAGAGGAUUUCAUCUCAGGAAGCCUCAAGCCCAAGGAACUUUUCCAGGAGAAACAGAAUCCAAUCUCCUGCAAAAAGUCAUUGAAGAAAGCUAAAGUGAGGAUUGUUGCAAGCCGUUUUAGUCUUGCUAGUGCUCAUAGCGAGGAACCUGAAAACAAACGGAGGAAGUGGUCUUUACCAGAGCCAGACAAGCGCCCCUUGUCUCUGGGAGAAUCAUCAAAUGGAUCAGAAGCUGAGAAAGAGAGACAGGAAAAUGGUGAGCCGUUGUUGAUUGCGAGCUCUCCUCCAUCAAUCAUGAAGAUCGCUACUAAGCUUCCAAGGAUUAGAACAUUCAGGAGCAUGGCUGAGAGCCCAAGGGACUCCGGAUGUGCUAAGAGGGUGGCUCAGUUGAUUGAAAAUAAAUCUCAUUUUAGUAUGGAAGAUGAACAAGAUAGUCUGGUCUCCACCUGCAAUUCCCUGAACUUUGAAGAGUAG